CCUGAGCAACCAUGUCCUCCCCCUCUCGGCAAGCCGAAGCGAUCGCCCAGCUGACAGAGGUCACUGGAGGCAGCUGCACGGAUGAAGCCGCACGCGACAUGCUUGAGAGCGUCGACUGGGAUGUCCAGCGCGCUGCCGAGCUCAUCUUCGACGGCGCCGCGCCUCCGCCUCGUCGUCCGGCUCCCAUGCAGCAGUUCGAGGUCGAGGAUCCCCCAUAUGCGACGCAGAAAGCGUCUCCCGCACCUUCAUCAGCCAUAGCACGCGCUCUGGUGUUCCCCUUUCGCAUCCUCCUCUAUCCGCUUCGUGCGUUAGCGGCCAUACUUCUCCCGCGACCCGCGUAUGCUGCACUUGCGUCAACUCUCGCUCGCCUCUCGCCGGCUGCGAUCUUUCUCGGUGUGUCGCACCUACUCUUUGGACCUCCCACGCCGCGGCGCGAUCUUCUACGACAGCUGGAGGAAGACACGGGCGCCAUACCUUAUUCGCGGUGGCUUAGUGGAGGCGACAACGCUACGACGACGGGCGCGGAGGCAGGGCCUGGGCCUACUACAGCGCAACGGCGCGGGGCGCGCUCUCAGCCGCCGUCUGGCGCUGUCCUGCCGGACUUCCAGCCCGUGCCGUACGAUGCACUGCUUGCGCAGGCUUUGACGGAGGCCCGGGUAGCGUGCAUCAUUCUCAUCUCGUCCGAACAUGACGAUGUGCCCGCGUUCAUCAGGUCGACUCUGACGGACCCUGCCUUUGUGAAGGCGUUGCACGACAAUAAUGUAUUGACUUGGAUAGGUGACGCGCGCAUGCGGGACGGCUGGCAAGCAGCGCAGAAGCUGAAUGUAACGACAUACCCGUCUGUUCUCUUCCUCGCACCACAACCGGCCGCUCGCGGCGCGCCCACGCUGCGCAUCCUCUCCCGACAUGCCGGUGCUGCCGCGACAACUCCUACCGCGCUUACCACAUACCUCACCACGACCCUCAUUCCCCGCGUAUCGACGUAUCUCGAGCAGCUUCGCACCAAUCCUGCGUCCGCUGGCCAGCCGGCGGCGCAUGCAGAACUUGCAGCCGCUCGUCGGAUCCGAGCAGAGCAGGACGCUGCGUUCGCAGCGAGCGCUGCACGAGAUCGCGAGCGUAUCGUCAAUGCGAUGAACGCCGAGCGCGAAGCUGCCGAGCGAGCGCAGGCGGAGGCGGCAGCAGCAGCAGCGGCCGAGGAGGAGGCGCGCAGACAGACCGCGGAACGCGCUGCGUGGCGUGCAUGGUCAAGACGGGAGGUGGCAGCGCGCUCACCAGGCGGUGGGCUGCGUGUGGCGUUCCGCCUACCCUCAGGCGCGCGCGCCGUGCAAACCUUCGAUGCGAAGGACACGCUCACCGGCCUCUUCUCCUACAUUGACGCCCAGCUUCUGGAAGAAGACGGUGCUCAGGCCUCCAGCGCUUCGGCUGCCUCGCUGCCGUUACCCUCGACCCGCGAGGAGGCCGAAAAGGCCUUCGACGCGUACCUCGCCACGCAUCCCACGCACUUCCGUUUCACCAUGGCUGUCGCGUACCCGCGCGCGCCGAUUGCGUGGGCGCCGGGUGUAGCGCUAGGCGAUGUGCGUGAGCUGGCGGGAGGGGCGCAGAUUGUCGUCGAACGCGUGUCGGAGAAGCGCUCAGGCAGGGCCUCGGGGGAGACGAGCCGGGCAUCGUUGGCUGGCGGCCAAGCGUCGGCGGCUGGCAGUCGGGUGUCGCUGGAUGCAUCGAGAAAUGGGACGCCGGUGAAUGGGGCGAGCAAUGCGGAUGACGAUGAGUAUCUGACGGAGAGCGAUGAGGAGUAGGGCGGGCGGUGCAGCAUUCGCAUUCAGGACGGUUGAAUUAGAGUGCAAUGUAGUAUUGCACAGCGGUAAUGUAAGGCGUGCAUGCAUAACUGAGCACUGUCGAGC